GUGUAGCCUUCCAGGCACUGGCAAGCAUACAAUGAUCUCAAAGUACAGAACGUGAGCUUUUUGUCUAUAAUAGCGCCAAAUGAACCGGGCCCGGACGCGGGUGUUGGUUGCACCCGAAUGGUCAAGUAAUAUACCUAGCACUUCAGGAGCAGUAAACACGGAGGUGUCUUUGAAAGAACGACUUUCCCACUUGGUCAGCGCUGGAGUUGCUCCUCAUGCCGAAGACCGCGCAACGAACGGGCUAGAGGUGGCGAAAGCAGCUCCUACGUGCACACGAAAUGAUUCCUUGCAGCCAGGGUCAGCCGCGGUAGCCCCUUCCCCAGUUCCUGAGCCGGCAUCAUCAACAGCUGUUCCGCCCCAAGUGCUGUAUCCACCGCCCAUCCCACCGUACAUCGCCCUGCGUUCAGCCUGGCCAGAGGCCGCGCUUUUAGACCUCGUAAAACAGCAGGCACUCUACCCUACUGAUGUCAACGUGCGGAUUGGACAGCCAUGGAUGGGCGCAGAGCCUGCUGGACCGCCCCAAUCCCGGCUGCUGCACGCUGUUUCAAACGAGUCCCAAGCAAACAUCGUGGCCACACCGGCGUCAGCCAGCUCCCAGCUCCUACGUCUGCUGGCGGAGGUAUGCAGUCGGAGCUGCAGCAGCAGCAGCAACCCCUCCUUCUCCGGUUGUGGCAGCAACACCAGCAACUCGGGCGGUGCUGUGGCAGCGGGAGGCGGGGGUGCUAUUCCACCCCCACCGCCUGACCUCGCACCCGCCUUGACUCUUGCUGCUGCUGCCGCAGCGACGGCCGCAGUGCCUGCUUGCCCUCCGGGCCACAGCGAGGUGGUGCUGCCGCCCCUGGAGGCCACACAGCUGCCCACACCAGCGGCGUUAGUUGGAUUCCAGGGCGAGUGGUUGGCGGUGCAGCCCCAAGUGCUGCGGUGCUGGGACAAGGUGUCUCUGGAGCCGUGCGGCCCGCCCAAGGCAGCGCACUUCUACCUGCUGUGCCCCGAGCAGCACGCCUCAGCAGCCAGGAUGUUUGUAAAGGACCUCUCCGCGACCUUCCUAGCCAUGCGCCUAGGCACCCACAGCGCGGGACGCACUCUGGCGCACCUGCACUCCAUCGACGGUGUCGUACCGGUGCCGCUGGAUCCAGGACCCGGCCCGCCGCCGCUGUCCUCGACAUCAACCGCUGACGGCGGCGGCAGUGAGGGUAACGCAGCCGCCGGCGGCGGCGGUGCAGCACCGCCUGCGCCGACGUGGCAUCCGCUGGGGCGGCGGCCGGACAGAGCCGUACUGAGGAGUGCCGUACUUGGGUUUCGGAGCAACCAUGCGGCGGCGUCGGUGGCGGGGGAAGCGGGCUGGGCGGCGCCGGAUGAGCCCUGCUACCGGCCGAGGCGGGGGCCCCAAGGAAGCAGCCGACAGCAGCAGCAGCAGCAGCCGCAGGUACAUGGCGUGAUGCCUUUUCAGAGCCUCUCACAGCAAGUGCCUGCGGUGGCGCUGCAGCAGCAGCAGCAGCCAGCAGGCGUGUUUGGUUCGGGGAUACCGUUCCCAAAUCGUGCCGGUGUUGCUGGGCAGCAGCAGCAGGGGCCCCACCAGCACUAUUGGCGCAACCUACGCCACGUCAGUCGCCAGCUGCAGCGGCAAAUGCUGCUGGCGGCAACGGCUGCGCCGCUGCGAAGCAGCGCGACGGCGGUUGCCCCGCCGCUAUCGCUGCCGCACCCGCCGCCGUCGUGCGGCGGCGGCGGACCCCAGCAGCACCAGCAGCAGUCGCGUCCCGAUCAGCACCACCAGCAGCAGCAACUGGGACUGGGUGCCCCUGCGUUGGUGGUGUAUGUGGUUCCGCCGUCUGACAGCCCCGAGGACGUGGCGAGGGCCCUGCUGGAGGUGGCGGCGGCACUGGCUCCCGUCACGCCAGCGGCUCGAGCGCCGCCGGCCGCUGCCGCGCUGCCGCCCCUGGUGGUGCCGCCCGGCAGCGCCGGUGUAGCAGCUGGAGGUGCCGCUUGUGGCGGCGGAAGCAGCAGGAGCGGGCAAGGGAUUGCUAGCGUGCAUGGGACGCACAGCCAGGAUGGCAGGGCGGUUGGCUGGGGAGGCGGCGCAAGCGUAAGCGGCAGCAAUGGCUGCAUGGGCGGCGUUGCCAGCGGGGUAGUAGGGUUAGGGAGAGGGAAAGACAGUAGCAGUGGCAGGCAACAGCAGGCAGGGAGCAGCAGAGCCUCCACGCCACCGGAGCCGCCCGCCCCGGCUGCCGCAGCCGCAGCUGCUCAUGGCGCCGCUACUACCGGCAGCACCGUUGCAUGCACCGCAGCUGGGGCCGCCGCAGCUGGGGCGGCCUCCGUACGGGAUGCGGACGCCGGGGACCCCGCGUUGCUGGAGCGGCUGGGUGGCGCCGCCCGACACCUCUACCGCACCACCACCACCACCAACACACCUGCCAUGACUCCCGGCGCUACCAACAGCAGCAGCAGCCACCAGGAUCCCCAGCUGGACCCCGCGUCGCUGCCCUCGACGGAGCUGGUGCUGCAGCUGGUGCUGCCCUCCACCCUGCAUGACAUCAGCGGAGCAAGCGUGAGGGCGACGGCGUGCGCGGCUUACAGCAAACUCAUAAGGCGAAGGGCAGCGUACGGCGCCGCUGUUGCUGCUGUUGGCAGUGCAGGCCCGACAAGCGGCAUCUCUGGCAUCAGUGGUGGGUUCGCUGCUGCUCCUGAUGCUGCUGCUGCUGGCCGUGGGACUUUGUCCUCCCUUUCUUCUUGUUGCAAUGGCAAUGCUGCUAGCUGCUGUGGUAGCAGCGACUGCAGGAAGCGCGGCAGCUGCAGCGUCCUCAGCAGCUGCAGCGGCUGCUGUUCGUUGUACGAACCGCUUGUCGCUUUGGCGCCGCAGCUGCAGUUACAGCAGCAGCAGCAACACCCUCUUCCGCAGCCUCCGCCAGCAGCAGCGGUGGUGGCGUUGGUGAAGAUUUCCGUACGACAAGGGCGUACAGUUCCUCCUCCUUUUUAGAACAACUGGGGCACGCCGGACGCGUCGCGUCGUCUCCGCCGCCGCUGCCGCUGCCACAGCGGCAGCAGCAGCAACGGGAAGAGGAGGACGAUGGGAAGCAGCAGCAACACCAGCAGCAGCAGCAACAGAGUGCGCAAGGGCUGCUGCCCCCUACGCUGCAUUGCUGCUAUACCUGGCAGCGGUGCACACACACCUCGCCGUUGCAGCCAUGGUCUUCAGCGGCAUUCGAAGAGGACGGUGAGGAGGAGGAGGAGGGUAGCGGGGGUCCUGAGGGUCGGGAGCAGCAGGUUCCCGCACCCUCCCUGCACCCGCACCCCUCUGCAGUAGGGGUGAGGUUAGGGCAACAGCACCCUAAAAAGCAGCUGCGGCAGCGGCAGCAGCGGUGCUGGCUGGCGAUGGCUUUCUGCGACGGAGAAGGUCGCAUGCUAGAUGCGCGGGUGUUGGCACUUUCAGCUGCGCUGCCAGACACCUCAGGCACCUCUCCAGCAGCAGCAACCGCACGGCCUCCAACGUCCUCCUCCUUACCUCCGCUACCGCAGCUCACGGCGCCUCAGCGACCCUGCAGCUGUGGCGGAGGUCGAAGUGGCGGCAGCGGUGGAUUAGCAAGCGGAGGCGGCGGUAGCGGCAGCACAGCGGCCCCAACCCCCGCUGCAUGCACCUGUGGCGGUGCUGCCUCUCCGCUAGACGAUGGGGCAGCACCGAGAGGAGGAGGGGGCCCUAUGACUGCGGCGGCGGCGGCGGCGGGGGCUUCACUGGCGGUUGCUGUUACCGCUGCGGAGGCCGCUGAUCCGCUGGCGACAGCGGUUUGCGCGGCUGUCCUCGGACAUGCGCGGCUGCUUCACCGGCAACUCUCAACCGCUGUUGCCGCUGCCGCCGAAGCGGCAAAAGCCGGUGCUGCUACAGCUAGCGCAACAGUAGGAGCUGCUGGCGGCAACGGCGUGAUAGCGGUGACGCGGUUAGGCCGGCCGGCAACCGCUGAGGCCGCCGCAUGGCAGGCCUUGUUGCUGCAGCAGCAGAAGCACAUGCAGACGACGACGACUACGAAGGAAGCGCUGCAUGGAGGCAGCUGCGCCUCCUCGAUAACUGCAACGGCCACGGUAACGGCUGCAGGGGUGGUGCCCGAAGUGACGCUUGCAUGGCUGGAUCCGCACCCCCCUGUUGCCGUACAGCCCGGAUGCCGCCUGCCGCAUGGGGGCUUUGUGCUGCGGUACGCUUCUUCAGGGCAGCAACAGCAGCAGGUGCAGCAGACGCGACAGCAGCAGGGCGGGUUGGUUGAGGGCGCGGUGGGCCCCUGCCCGGUGACGCUUGUGACCUUCCCCAUGCAGCUGCCCGCAAGCACCACCUGUGUUGCCACGGAGUCGCUCAACCGACAACUGAGAAUGCUGUCGGUGCAUCCGUUCCCGCCUGCCCCGCCCUUGCACCCAACAUCGUCAACAGCAGCAGCAGCGGCGAUGUCGCUACCUGGCACGCUGAAACGGACCCACGGGUCAUUAGAGGCGUUGGGGGAUGGGGUUGACGCUGAUGAUGUCGGCGGAGGGGUUCUAUCGGAAGCGGAAGGCCGCGCGGAGGGACACACACAUAAGAAACGACGCUGGGACGUUGGCAAUGAUUCGGCUGUUGUGUUGACCGCCGACUGCGAUGGCGGCGGCAGCAUGAACACCAACAACAACGACGACGCUAGCGAUCUCAUUGCGGGCGGCGGCAGUGGCGGCAGUAACACCAGCAACAAUCUGGGCGGCUGGUCGGGGUCAUCCGGCUGGGAUGCGGUGCGCGGGUUGUACGGGCUGUGCGUGUUACGGGACUGUCUGCUCGCUGCGCAGAGCGGUUCCCGCGGCGGCCCUGCUCCUGGCAGCUGGAGGGGGGGCGCGGUGGGUGAUGGGAGCGGAGAGACGGCGGAGGACGACGCGCUGCUGCUGCCGCUGCACGCGGCUGUGUGCCAGCGGCUGCUGCGACUUAUGACAACAUGCGAGCAGCUCGCAAGGGCUUGAGAGGGCUGCU